AUGGAGAAGAUAUAUACUCUGGCUUCGAAUGUAAUGAGAAGUACUAGUAAUACAUCACAUUUGAUCAUGGGUGAAAUGAGUGGACAGGUUAAAGAAAUAGUAUUCUUUCAGCAGGAAGCACUCUCCCCAUUCUUGACCAAAGCAUAG